CCCUGCAAAUUAUAUAUAUUUUGAUUUGAUAGUUUCAUAUUUGAUUAUUCUUACUACUAAAUUUGUAAAAUUACCAAUAUUAUGGUCUCAGAUCUCGCCAUGCAGGCCUAGAAAACCAAUUUUGUUAAACUUUUUCCUUAGCCUUUCUGUGCGUUGGUACCACGCCCCGGCCAAAGCAAGUAGCAGCACCCCCAGAUAUUUAUUCACCCCCCCCCCCGAACUAAAAUAUGAAAUCCGUCUCUGACCAAAAUUUACAUAAGUGUGCAAGUACUGUAUAUGCAAUCCUAUCUGAACAUUAUUCAGGUACACUUGAUGUUAACCCUUUAAGUGGGAAUGCAUACACCCUGAUGUGCCCUAGCUUAUUAUUUUACAGCACAUUUUUCUUUCACAGAUAUUGAUGCGACUGGGAAGCUAAGAAGUGGGAUUGCACGUGGCAAUCUCUUAUGGCUUGGAUCGUAUAGUGGAUGUCUUGCCUUAUCUGAUGCCAAAUAUUGUAUUUCAUCCAUUGAGAUGGAUUAUCCAACUUAUAACAUUGUACGUAUACUGAUAACUUUAUGUUUAACUAAUUAACUAUCAGCCAUUUAAUGACACUGUCACGUCACACCCUAAAACUCUUAUUAAGGGGAGUAGAAUAUCCUGGUACAUCUGGUCAUGUUUCAGCUUUUAUAUUAAAACCAACGUCCCAGGGAGAUUUACUCUUGAUAUGGGUAAAAUAACACAGUAGAGUGCAUUAUAUGGCUUAAUGGGUUUAAUAAAUGGCCUAUGUGACACAAAUAACCUACUUGUAGCCCAAUAAUAACACCCGAUACUCCCCACCUGAUAAUUAUAACCAGCAGUGGGGUGGAUUUAUCACAUCAACACAUUCAUCACUACAUUUGAUCAAGCUGCAUAUAUCUCCAAAGAGGUUACUGUGUCAGCUAGAGUGCCAUAUUAAGAUAUGCCUGUAGCAUAGACUAGAUACAGCAUGUGCACAGUAUGAUUCUAGAUCUUCACCCUAGCUACUGUAGUAGCAUGUACGAGACAGGGGGCUCCCAAAUUUUGGAAAACCAUGGAAGGCAAACGCUAGGAAAAAUCAAGAAAAUUUCGGGCAGAUUUAUUAGAAAAUACAUAUAUGUUAAAAUCAGAUUGUUUCAUUACAAUAAAAAUUUGGGCAAACUUUCAACUGCCCCAAUAAGCAUGAGUCCCAUUCUCCUAUGUGUAGUAUUGCAAUGCAUGUGAAGUUCCGCAACCCAAACUUGAGUUAUACAGCAGAUAAAAUUGCAAUGUUUGUCAUUAUAGUCAAUUGAAAAGAUCAUUUGGGGUGCAUGUUUUCCAAAAAGCUGCAGUGUGAAAGAUAUAUACAUAGUGAUGCAAUUAUAUAUUUUACCUACAGGUAUUGUUAUUAACAAUUAUGUACUCAGUACAGACUUAACAAGUACAGACUUAAGUAGGGUGCACUGGGGCGCAUUGUGGCUCAAUGGGUUAACUAGAGACAUUGUCAGAUUUUUUGUUAACCCAUUAAGCUGCAGAGCUUCCCCAUUGACAAGUAAAAUCGUCUGGCAUUAGACAAGUAAAAAAAAGUAGGGCACACUCUGGCACAUUGCAGUUCAAUGGGUUAAUCUCAUUUUAUUUGUUCUAGUGAAAAAAGAAACUGGUAUUGAUAUAAAGUAUCCAGGCUCCCUGUGUCCAGAGGGACCAACUUAUUCCACUGGUGUAAAAGUCACCAUGUGAGUCUUACAUUGUAUAUGACCUUGACUGAGUGACUGUUUGACUGGCAGAUGAUUUAACUCCACUUGACUAUGUAUUAUUAACACAUUCUGGUGCCCUACACUUUUUCAAUGUUAAUUUGGUAGAUUAGUGUGCUAGGUGGCCAGCCUGAGUUUUCAUUGUAAACAUGUUUUAGCAUGACCUUAUGCAAUUUUCAACUACAAAUUAAUUUACCAUGCAGUGUAUAUAUACCAUUUUACAUACAGUGUAUACCAUAAGCAAAUUCUUUUAACCCCCCCCCCCCUCUCUCAACCAGUUAACUUUUAGAUGCAGAGGCAACCUUGCAAGCAAGGGCCUGUUUAUUGACCCCCUCUCUAUUAAGCCCUUCCUUCCUUUUGCAACAAAGAAACAAAACUGUUUAAAUUUAUUAAAUGCUUGCCCUAGUUUACUGUGUUUUUUUGUCUGCUGAAAUUUGGCUGAAUCAAUAUGCCCUCCCUCUCCCAUCCCCCCCCCCAAAAAAAAAGACCACCAAAGGGUUUGAAAUAAAUAACAAGAACUGUUGGUAAGUUAGAUAUUAUAGUAUAUUUGUUCACAUUUUCCUUGACAAGUAAAAUUACUCCAUAGAAGUGACUGUUGCGCACACUGGGGCACAAUUGCCACAAUUUACCGCAUUUGCCGUUAAAUGGGUUGCUCACUCACUUACUUAAUUUUCUUUUUGUGCAGAGCAUUUUUUGGUGUUCUGUUGUUAUUCUGCGUUAUUGGAACUCUUAUUGAUAUGGUUAUUGAAGAACGAAAGCAAAUGAAGGCAGCUCAAGAACUACCACAUGGUCCACAUACCAAUGGUGGAAAGACAGAGCAGCCUGGCCAUACCUCGGGUGAUGACUAUGCACAGAAACAGCAUAGUGUGGACAACUUUGCUCUCAACUCUGACAACCGUCCUUUGCUUGAUCCUCCAACUCCGAUUUUUUCAAGUCGUUUUAUACAUAAUGCAAUAUUCUCAAUACUAGGUUAGUUUAUGCAAUAAAUUUCUGACCCUAUCUUACGUGUCUCACUCAAUAGGACGGUCUUUCGUAUACACCUGUAGGCUGUAUGGAAAUUUUGAGCGAAAAAAUGUACAUAUUAUAUUUUAGACCUUUUCAAAUGCAGCUCUAUAGGUCAUAGGCUCCUGGCAGAAAUCAAACAUGCAGCCCUGCCAUUCUGGUACAGCUCUCUAACUCCGGGCUACAGAGUCCACUGAAAUUUAAAAAUUGGAAUCAAGAUACCACAACAUACUGUACAUGGGUUAUUUAUAAAGUCUUAGUAAAUUUAACUCAUUAGGCUGCAGAGUUUCCCCACUGACGAAUAAAAUCGUCUGGCGUUAGACAAGUAUAAAAAAAAGUGUGGCGCACUGGAGCGCAUUGCGACUCAAUGGGUUAGCUAGAGAUAUUGUCAGAUUUCUUGGUUAACCCAUUAAGAGGCAGAGCUUCCCACUGACGAGCGACGAGUAAAAUCGUCUGGCGUUGGACAAGUAAAACAAUAAGUUGGGCGCACUGGGGCGCAUUGCGGUUCAAUGGGUUAAAGAUGGUUUACGAAACAUUUUUUCCUUCAUUCUUCUACAGUGUGCCUACAAUUUGUGGAAAGAGGAUAAACCUUGAACCAUGCUCAUUUCUCUGUGACUAAUCUUUAGAUACGCCAUGGUUCUAGCACAGAAAUUGCGUAACAAGUUUCAGAAACUCCAUGUAACAUGACCUUUACUUAAAUUUUGGAAAUUUGAAACAUAGUUUAAAACAAAUUCAUUUCCUUUUUAGGAAUUUUCCGUGAUUUCCUACUCUGUUUUUCACUGGUGCGGAACAGCCGAAGGAUAUUCAAUACGAAUGUGCCAGCAACCGCAAUUACAUGCAUUAAUGGCAUUCGUGUUAUCAGUAUAUCAUGGGUGAUAUUGGGUCACAUGUUCUUGUUAUUCAUUUAUAGCCCUUUUACAGGUACUGUUAUUACUGUAGCUAUGAUUAUAUAUGCAUAAUCUAUUGCUGUCAAAAGCGGAGAGACCUCAAAGACUGUCAUAGCCAUAGGCAUUGGCCUAAAUUUGCAGGGACUUUUUAUAAUUUCUCUAGACAAUAAAACUGGGUUGCUCGAGGACAGCCAAUUGUUUAGUAUUAUGCCAGUGAUCAAUGGUUAUUACUCGGUCGACAGUUUUUUCUUUUUGAGGUGUGUAUACAUGUAUAAUAUAAACAUACCAGUGAGAUUUGUAAACCAAUUUUUUUGCUUAUAGUAGAGUAACAAUUUUGCUAAAUUCACAUAUUUUUAGCGGACUUUUGGUGGCCUACACGUGUUUUAGAAAAUUGGAAAAAAGUGGUGGCAUUUGUAAAUUCAAUUGGUUCUUGUUCUAUUUUCACAGAUUCUGGAGGUAAUUGGUUUAUUGAAAUGCGUACGGUGUUCAAACUAAGUCCUUGGAUUUAUAAAGAAAUCCUUGAUUUUUCUUGCUUUAAUUUUUGGAUAUUUUCUGUAAUUUGUUGGUUUACUAUUCUGUGCCUAUAACAUUAAAAAACAGACAUUUUGUUCAAUUGAUUUUGUUCGAUAUGUCUUACAAAGUUGUUUGAAAUUCAUUAAGGAUUAAACAGUUUAUCGUCAAUUUUUUUCUGAUUUCUUACGCCUUCUUGUUGCAGGUUAACGCCGACAUACAUGGCCGUAAUUUUAAUCUCUGUUCAGUUGAAGAGAUUUUUGGCAGACGGUCCUUUGUGGUAUUCACAAUACGAAGACAAACUGUGCGAAGAACAUUGGUGGACAAACUUGCUAUAUAUAAACAACUUUUAUCCAAAAGAAAUUGGUGAGGAGGUAAAUUCUCUCAUCUCAAAUUUAAAGAGUUACAGUAUAAAUGCUGCCGGUAGGAGUUUAUAGCAUUGGCGAACUGGGAAAAUUAUUAUUUAGCAUUUCUUUUAUAUUGUUAUGAAAUGUGCAAUGAACCUCUAACUCGGCGUUUACAAUUUUUUUGACCUGUGAACUACUUACGUCUAGUAUAUUCUGUGCAUGCCUUGCACCAAAUUCACUCGCAUAUAUAUUUGAAAUGCAAUGGUUACGUUAUAAGUAAUUGUCAAUUAUUUAAUAUUACUGUAUAGAGAGGUAUAAUUCAUUUGCCUCUCAAGUAUAAAGUAAAAGGCAACAAGUUAACCAAAAAUUUCUUUUCAGUGUCUUGGUGUAUCUUGGUAUUUGGCUAACGACAUGCAGUUUUUUGUCAUUACACCACCGUUGUUAAUUCUUAUGUACAAGUAUGUAUGAACCUCUAUAUUACUCAAGAAUUUACGUUAAAACACAAAUUUGUGCAAAGUGAUUUGUACAUGUGCCUUUCACUUGUACGUCCAUUCUUGGAAUGUGCAGUUGCUUGCGUAACGUCCUUAUGCAUAUUCAAGUUGAUACAGAUUUAUUUUAUUAAAACUUAAAAAGGUUGUCAGAUUUAGAUUGGGAUUAGGGUUAGAUUAAGAUUAGGGUUAGGCUUAGAGGUUAGAGUCGGGAUUAUGGUUGGGGAUAGAGUUCAAAUUAAGGCAAUGUCUUAAUUUGAGCGUUUUUCACUAUUAGCUAAGACAUAGCCUUAAUUUUGGGAAGAGAUCAUACUGACUUCGAAAUUCACAAAUAAUAAUAACUAGACUUACUGUAGAAAAUUCAUUAUGAUAGAUAGUUUAUAUUUGAACUUCCAUGGCAGCAUACACUGAAUUGCAGAAGUUUUACAUUAUGAAUAGAUAGAUCAACCGGACUGACGUGAAACAGACCGAGGUAGACUUUGAGCUUACAAAUGGCGCUUGAGCAGCCGCUAUUAGUCCAUACCUCAUUAAUGAUCUGCCUCCAGACCUUAAGUGCCUAACCCACCCUGUCAACUUUCCCUGUGGGAGGAAACACGGAGUACCCGGAGAAAACCCACGACUUUCGGCAGAGCGUUGACUUACUCUUUUCACAUUAGGACUGGGUUCGAGUCACAAUGAGAAGUCCUCAUUGAGAUUCGAAUCCGCGACCUUAGAGGUGAAAGGCAAGUGUGCUAACCACUUCGCCACCGAAGCCCCUAACUAAUUAUAACUAUGAUUUGAGAGUGGCCAAUCGUGUAAUAGACCUUUUUAAAAAGUCUGCCUUGUGACGUAGUUUGCGGAUAAAGGAAAACCCCGCACAGCCAUUUGGCUUGCCUGACUGGCCAAAUGAUCGUAUUUAUCCGCAAACUACGUCGCAAGGCAGACUUUUUAAAAAGGUCUAUUAUUUUUCGAACAAAUUUGAUAUUCUCUAUAUUCCUUGCAGGUUCCGAUGGCGUGGUAUAAUAGGUCCGGGCAGUUUGAUUGCUGCGUCGACUGCUGCGAUUGCUUUUAUCAUUGGAUACUGGGAUUUAGAUCCGCUUUCUUCAUUAAAGAUUGGACAACAACAAACACCAGAGCAGUAAGCACUAACUUCCUUUCUCAAGGUUGUAAAUGAUAGUUCUUAGAGACUAGAAAGAUAUUUUUACAUAGAGAAUAGACUCUGAACAGAACAUUUUUCGAAAUUGCACCAUUUAUUCCGCCAUCGUUAUGAUUUUUUUAUGAUUCUUUUGUCUAUUUACGUUCUUUCUAGGCAAAAGAAAAGUGAUGAGUUGGGCAAGUAUGUGUACACCAAACCCUGGUGCCGGGCCCAACCUUACCUUGUCGGUUUUAUUCUCGGUUACUACAUCUACAGAUCAUCCGAACAGUAUUAUAACCGACGACGACGGCUUGCUGUAUUUUGGGUGAGUGCGCAUGGUCAAUGACCUACACUAACCACCUUAACCUCUGUGUUGAUCUGGUUUAUUGCUGAUGCAAAGACCUUUCACCUCUGAGAUCGUGGGUGCGUUUCUCGCUGCGGACGCGUGACACUUGGCAGGGUGGUUUGGGAUAAACCCCCAAAACUAACCUUAAUUAACCCUUCGAAUGCUUCUCUCGUAUAGCUGUGCUGCGUGGUCAGACCUGACUUCUGAGUCAUAUUAGAUAGAUACAUAGAAAAGCUUUAUUUAACCACGCUAACCCCGGUCCCCGUCAAGUCGUCAACCGAAGCUGAUUUCCACAGGGAGCGUGUAUAAAAGAAAUUACAGAAGUAUAAACUUUAGAAUAAUUAUCUAUUUACAUUGUACAUGCAUGUGUUGUCUAAUUAAAAAUGUGAGCUGCAAUUUUCUUUUGGAAACAUGAUAGAGAUUUGCUCUCCCUAAUUUCGUUUGGAAUAGAGUUCCAGAGCUUAGCACCAUCAUACAUAAAACUCUUUCUCAUAUUAUUGGUGCGAGGUUGUGGCAGACCACAUUAUGGUGGAGUCCAGAGGCGUAAUCCUUUCGACUCGAUCAGUUUGAACUGCGUCCUUUGCAAACCAGUUCAUCUCUCGACUAUUAAUUUUAUACGUAAUUGUUGCGAAGAUAUUGGUCAUGUAAAUGUCUGUUUAAUACGAUCUUAUCAUUUCUGUCUUCAGUUAGUAACAGUCAUUGGCUGGGCUGUGGCUGCAGCUCUGGGAAUGUGGUUGGUCUAUGGACCUCAUAAGUAUAUUGAAAAAGGUGCCGACGAAUGGCCGCUUGCCGGAAGAGUUGCGUACGGAAUGUUUGAAAGAUUGCUUUGGGGACUGGUUUUAGCAUGGGUCACCUAUGCUUGUCAUUUUGGCGGGGGAGGUAUGGUUAUCUACUUUAUCAUCUAUACUGAUCUGGAAACAAAACUGGACUGAGAUCUGGACUGAGAUGGCUGGCUUCAUUUUUUACACCAGUGAACAAUAUUUGCGCCGUCUAGUUUUCGUAUGAUGAUAAUGAUCAUAUAAGUUAAUAUUUGUCUAUGAGAGCUUUAGCUACCAUGACGGCGACAGCUACUGUAUUAAUACAAUGAAAUUUAUGAUAGUGUAAAACGAAAUUAAUAACUAACACAAAGUAUAUGGUAUCUGAGGUCUGACUCGACAAAAAGCCCGUAACAUGCUGCCAUACAGUCGCCAUAUUCUAGCCGGUGAGCUAACGAGAGGAACUCAGCACUCCCCCCUCCCCCCCCGAAUCUUAAAGAUAAUCCUGGCAUUUUGAAUGCUUUCAGGGGGUGACGGCCCCUCCUUAGCGUACAGGCUAGGACCAUGGCGGACGGUUAGACCUCUGUAUAGUUUAUACUGCGCUCUACUAUACUAUCUUUAUUUGCUGCUUACGGUACUUGCUUUAUUUUUGCAGGGCUCGUGCAGAAAUUUUUGUCAGCGAAAUUCUGGAUUCCUCUCAGCCGUCUGACCUUCAAUGUUUACUUGAUACAUAUCAUUGUGAUCAUGGUUAUGAUGUUUGGAGCUCAAGGGAAUAUACAUUAUGAUUUCUUUAACAUUGUAAGUGAUUGCAGUAGAGAGAUUAUGGCUUGCUGGCUGCUGUAGUCUAUAGAUAUAAUCGGGCACAAAUGUACUGUAUAACUGUCGUGUAUGAUGAGUGGUUGGUAUGGUAUGGUAUGGUAUGGUAUGGUAUGGUAUGUUAUUGGUCUUCUAUGGUAUGGUAUGGUAUGGUGUGGUAUUGUGUGGUAUGGUGUGGUAUUUUAUGAAAUGGUAUGGUCUGGUAUGGUUUCGUCUGGUCUGGUUUGGUAUCGUAUUUUAUAUAUAUGGUAUAGUAUGGUUUGCUAUGGUAUGGUAUUCUAUAUGGCAUGUUAUGGUAUGAUAUUCACUGUUCUCCGGCGCUGGGCAGAGACCGCGAAAACCCAGCAUGUGUGCCCCGUUGUAUAGCAAACCACGUGACAAUUCCGGACAUGCGUCAUGUCAGGAGGUCACGCCACCCACGUUACGUUUGAGCUUCUCCAUUACAAUUCAACUACAUUCAACAUUCAGCUGCAAUAUGGGACCAUAAGCACUCCCUAACUUACUAACCUGCUAUUAUUUUAGGCAUACUACUAUAUCUCAGCAAUAGUUUUGUCCUAUGUUGCUGCGUACAUCUUGGCUGUUACCGUUGAAUUCCCUCUUGACAAUUUGGAAAACAUGGUUCUCAAAUUAAUCAAAGGUACAAGACGUUGAAUACACCUUAAACAUAUCUAUCUUACUGUCGUUCCAAUUGAAGUGUUCCUCAAAUAUUGAUUCAAUACAUUACCUCAGGCUGACCAAUUCAUUUCAUCAAGUUCCUCGAGGUAUUCAUACACUUCCUGUGAAAGAGCCAAUUCCAAGAAUUUGAUCAUUUCUGGUCACUUCCUUUCUAUUUAUGAUUGGUUAGUUGCACAAACAACAAAGGUGAUUGGUGCAUUCAAACUAUUCAACAGGAAGUUUACAAUUAUACUAGGAAGUGUGUGAAUAUUUUGAGGAACUUGAUCAAAUGAAUUGGUCAGCCCGAGGUAAUGUAUUGAAUCAAUAUUUGAGGAACACUUCAAUUGGAAUGACAGUAAACAAUAACAUAUUUUUAUUAAUUUUAAGAAGACAUUUUUAAUGUUAGCUGCACGUAGUUGUCUUUAUAUAAUGUAUAGCGACCGAAUUGAAAUUUUAAUCAAAGUAAUAAUUUUAAAUUAAUGUAAAGUUAAUAUAUCUUAUAAUUUAAAAAAGACAUUUUUAAUGUUUGCUACACGUAUAUUACCUAUAAUGAACUCAAGCAAUUUUUAAUCAAUGUAAUUAUUUAAAUUACUGUAAACCGUUAAUGUUAAUGUAUGCAGCACAUGCGACACGUCAUCGUUGGGACAAAUUAAAAUUGACCAAACAGAGAAGGCCAGCUCUCUGCAGAUGGCCUAAAAACAUCUGGUAUAAUUACGGUUGCCACCCUACGAUUUGUCGCCUUUUGUAACCGACAUUUACCGACCUUACUUUCUUGUCGAAUAGGUAGAUGUAUACUAUUAAUAGAAAGACAUAUUCAACUAAUGGUUGCACAAAUAUACCACGAAAAUCAUCGAAUGGUUUCAAGCCGGCCUAGCCUUUUUGUCUUCUUGGCAUAGAAAUGGGUUUUAAAAUCUGGUUUCACUUGCAUGCGAUGUAAGCGAAAACAACAAAAGCAAGACUUUUUUAGACCUAUUUCGAAAUCUCGUUCAUUUGGCACAUGAAAAGUUAUUUUUGGGGCUGUUCAUAUGGGCUGGCCCGGUUAACAGGGAUAAAACUCUCGUCACGGCUUGGUUAAACAUCCGGCUCAUAGGCGUCAUAUACAUCAAAUACACCUUUUAUACUCUCUUUCUAUUGUCGUUUAUGAUUUUGGGGAAUUUUGAAAUAACUGUAUACAAAGCCUGCAUGUACAGGGUGUACAGGGUGUCCCAAAAAAAUCGAAAACUAUUGAAAUCACUAUUGUUAAAAUUUGAAUGCCCUUCCAACUGAGCUGAACGUAAUGAUGCGUAAAAUAUUGACAAGGUGCAUGUAUUAAAAUUUAGUUAAAAACAUCUCUUUGUAAAGUGCGCGAUUUUCUGCUCUUGGGAAUUUAAAACAGCUUCUUAAACAGUUUCUUUAUGCAUAAAAUUUACUUAUGUCAAUCAUUUAUGCACUCGUGGGAACCAACAAAGUGCUAAGACAUUAAUUAGCGUUCUCGUAUUGUUCUUAAUCCUCAAGGGAACGCAAGACAAUAGUCUAGUUCUCUCGAACAAUACGAGAACGCUACGAAAACGGUACAGUGUAAACGCUGCCUCAGUCAAUAGUUUUCGUUUACGAAAACUAUUGAAAUUAAUGUAUUGUUAGAAUUUGAAUGCCUCAGCACUCUGCUGAACCCACACGUGCAUCAAAGCUUGACGUAAGUAAAUUUUAUGCAUAAAGAAACCGUUUAAGAUGCUGUUUUCCAAGAUUCCCAAGAGCAGAAAAUCGUGCGCUUUACAAAGAUAUUUUAAUUUCUUAAUAAGUCAAUAUUUAAUAUAUGCACCCUUGUCAAUAUUUUACGCAUCUUUGUGUUCAGUUUAGUGCUAGGGCAUUCCAAUUUUAUGAAUACGUUAUUUCAAUGGUUUUGCGGGGUUUUUUAGGCACCCUGUAUGUAGACAAGUAGACAACACAUUUUUAUGUUAAUUAUCUUUUGUAUUAGUUGUUUGUUUGCUCUGUGUAAUCUGUACGCUUAUACAUGGUAUAAUUCCUUCUUCAAACACAUGUCUUGUGAGGCAGAUUCUUUGCAGGACUCAAAGCUUAACCAAAGUUUUUAACCAAUGUUAUAUUGAUAUAGAAUAUAUAGGACAAUUGACCGCCAAGUGCAAAUUUGCUGCCAAUGUAUAUAUAGAAUAGAAAAACUACGUGAAAUGACGUACUGGUUAUUCAAACCACGACUGGUACAGUAUAUUCAGAGGCGUCGCGAUGUGC